UGGCGUUGGUGGCCGAGGCAGCGAAGGCGGCAGCGGCGGCGACAGCUCUGGGGUUUGCGUCUCGGGGUGUGUCGGCCGCCGCUGCUGCUUGGGCCUGGUAUGUACAAAUGGCUGGUUAGGAUUCUCGGCACCAUUUUCCGUUUCUGUGAUCGGCCGGUGCCCCCUGCCCGGGCCCUCCUGAAGAGGCGGCGCUCGAACAGCACUCUGCUUUCUACAGUGGACACUGAUGAAAUACCAGCCAAAAGACCGAGAUUAGGUUGCUUUAUUCACCAAGUGAAAAACAGUCUCUACAAUGCUGCCAGCUUAUUUGGAUUCCCAUUCCAGCUGACCACAAAGCCCAUAGUGACUUCUGCUUGUAAUGGAACACGGAAUGUGGUCCCUUCAGGAGAGGUAUUUUCGAACUCUUCAUCUUCUGAACUGACAGAUUCCGGAUCCUGGAACAACAUGCUGAAACUGGGUAAUAAAUCUCCUAAUGGAAUAAGUGACUAUCCAAAGAUCAGAGUGACAGUAACUCGAGAUCAGCCACGCAGAGUCCUGCCUUCCUUUGGUUUUACUUUGAGCUCAGAAGCCUAUAAUAGAAGACCAGGUGGCCGUCGCCAUAGCAAAGGCAAUCUGGAGAGUUCCUUAAUGUGGAAGCCUCAGGAACAGGUUGUAACAGAGAUGAUUUCUGAAGAGGGUGGCAAGGGUCUGAGGCGUCCCCACUGUACUGUGGAGGAGGGUGUUCAAAAAGAGGAAAGAGAGAAAUACAGAAGGUUAUUGGAGCGACUUAAAGAAGGUGGUCAUGGAAACUCUGUUCCUCCUGUAACUUCAACUCAUCAUAGUUCUCAAAGAAGUCAGAUGGACACAUUAAAGACCAAAGGCUGGGGGCAAGAGCAAAGUCAUGGAGUCAAAACAACUCAGUUUGUUCCAAAACAAUAUAGAAUUGUUGAAACAAGGGGACCUCUAUGUUCAGUGAGAAGUGAAAAGAGGUGUUCAAAGGGGAAACUUUCUGAUACAGAGAAGACAGUUGGAAUCAGACUAGAAAAUGAAGGUAGGAGGGGACUCCAGCUGGAACCUGACUUAUCUGAAGAAGUGUCAGCCCGACUCCACCUGGGCAGUGGAAGCAACGGCUUACUCAGCAGGAAGAUGUCAAUACUUGAGACAAAAGAAAAAAAUUGCUCAAGCAAAGAGAGGGAUAAAAGGACAGAUGAUCUUCUUGAACUUACAGAGGACAUGGAAAAGGAAAUCAGUAAUGCUCUAGGCCAUGGCCCACAGGAUGAGAUCCUAAGUAGUGCUUUCAAAUUACGAAUCACUCGAGGAGAUAUCCAGACCUUGAAGAACUAUCACUGGCUCAAUGAUGAAGUCAUUAAUUUUUACAUGAAUCUCCUGGUGGAAAGAAAUAAAAAACAAGGGUAUCCAGCACUUUAUGCAUUCAGUACUUUCUUCUAUCCGAAAUUAAAGUCUGGGGGUUACCAAGCAGUGAAAAGAUGGACCAAAGGGGUCAAUCUCUUUGAACAGGAACUUAUUCUGGUGCCUAUUCAUCGUAAGGUACAUUGGAGCCUGGUGGUGAUAGACCUAAGAAAAAAGUGUCUUAAAUAUCUGGAUUCUAUGGGACAAAAGGGCCACAGGAUCUGUGAGAUUCUCCUUCAGUAUUUACAGGAUGAAAGUAAGACCAAAAGAAAUAUUGACCUGAAUGUUUUAGAGUGGACCCACUACAGCAUGAAGCCACAUGAGAUUCCUCAACAGUUGAAUGGGAGUGAUUGUGGAAUGUUUACUUGUAAAUAUGCAGAUUAUAUCUCUAGGGACAAACCUAUCACAUUUACUCAGCACCAGAUGCCUCUGUUCCGGAAGAAGAUGGUGUGGGAAAUCCUUCAUCAGCAGUUGCUGUGAGAACGCCCUGCCACAGUCCCUCCCGCUGCUGGUGGUUCUUUCACGGAUGGACGUUUCCAUAUACCUCAUGCAUUGUGGGUUAAAAAGUCCCUGCAUCACCUCUGUUCUCUCACAGGUACUGAGCUGUUAGAAGUGCAUGAAGGCCCCUCUCUGCACCCUAGUCCUGACUUGGUGUGUGGAGGGCUGCUUGCAACCCUGUUUAUAAGGCCGUGCCUGCUCAGAGCCCUGGACUGUCAACCCACACAAGAACAAACGCUAAUUAAUACUUUUUUUAAGAUUUUUUUUUUUCCCUAUGAAUGUGGGAAAUGCAGGAUUUAUUCUAUGAUUUGUUUUUUCUGUGUGUU